CCUGUCAGGCUGCCUCCUUGGUCAUCUGGCUAUCCACCCAGCAGCGUCUGGCCCUUCCCCAUGCUGGCACCCCGGACCACGGAGACCGCGGUCCCCAUGUCCCAGACCGAGGCUGACCUAGCUUUGCUGCCCCCACCAUCUCUCGCCACUGCGGGACCGCCCCGCAUCGGGCCCCCUCCUCGCAGAGCGCGCCGCUUCUCUGGGAAGGCUGAGCCCCGACCGCGCUCUUCGCGUCUCAGUCGCCGCAGCUCAGUCGACUUGGGUCUGCUAAGCUCUUGGUGCCAGCCAGCCUCACCCGUUCCGGAACCACCGGAUCCUCCCGACUUAGCUCGUCCCGGGCCCCCUAGGAGCCCACCACCAUGCUUCAAAGAGCUCCCCGAGGGUACACGGACGGGGGCAGCCCCUGCGAAGACUGUGGAUUCGGCGCAUCCCGAGCUUAAGGGAUCUGCAGGAGUCUCGGGGUCUGGGGAGCCGCUGAGGGUCGCCGAUGCUGCAGCCCGGGAACGAAGGCGGGAGCAGGAAGAAAAGGAGGACACAGAGACCCAGGCUGUGGCAACAUCCCCAGAUGGCCGUUACCUUAAGUUUGACAUUGAGAUUGGACGUGGCUCCUUCAAGACGGUGUAUCGAGGGCUAGACACUGACACUACGGUGGAGGUGGCCUGGUGUGAGCUGCAGACUCGGAAACUGUCUCGAGCUGAGCGGCAGCGCUUCUCCGAAGAGGUGGAGAUGCUCAAGGGGCUGCAGCACCCCAACAUCGUCCGCUUCUAUGACUCGUGGAAGUCGGUGCUGAGGGGUCAGGUUUGCAUCGUGCUGGUCACGGAACUCAUGACCUCGGGCACGCUCAAGACGUACCUGAGGCGGUUCCGAGAGAUGAAACCGCGAGUCCUUCAGCGCUGGAGCCGCCAAAUCCUGCGGGGGCUUCACUUCCUACACUCCCGGGUCCCCCCUAUCCUGCACCGGGAUCUCAAGUGCGACAACGUCUUCAUCACAGGCCCUACAGGCUCUGUCAAAAUUGGGGACCUGGGCCUGGCCACGCUCAAGCGCGCCUCCUUUGCCAAAAGCGUCAUUGGGACCCCGGAAUUCAUGGCUCCCGAGAUGUACGAGGAAAAGUACGAUGAGGCAGUGGAUGUGUACGCGUUUGGCAUGUGCAUGUUGGAGAUGGCUACCUCAGAGUAUCCCUACUCGGAGUGCCAAAAUGCUGCGCAAAUCUACCGCAAAGUCACUUCGGGUACAAAGCCAAACAGUUUCUACAAAGUGAAGAUGCCUGAGGUGAAGGAGAUCAUUGAAGGCUGUAUUCGCACCGAUAAAAAUGAGAGGUUCACCAUCCAGGAUCUCCUGGCUCACGCCUUCUUCCGCGAGGAGCGCGGUGUGCACGUGGAGCUGGCGGAGGAGGACGACGGUCAGAAACCCGGUCUCAAGCUCUGGUUGCGCAUAGAGGACGCGCGGCGUGGGGGGCGCCCACGGGACAACCAGGCCAUCGAGUUCCUUUUCCAGUUGGGCCGGGACGCAGCGGAGGAGGUGGCACAGGAGAUGGUAGCGCUGGGGUUGGUUUGUGAAGCUGAUUAUCAGCCAGUGGCCCGUGCAGUGCGUGAACGGGUUGCUGCCAUCCAGCGAAAGCGUGAGAAGCUUCGAAAAGCUAGGGAGUUGGAAGCCCUCCCACCUGAGCCAGGACCUCUGCGAGCAACUGUUCCCAUGGCUCCUGGUCCCUCAGUUACCUUCCCUGCUGAACCCGAGGAGCCAGAGGCAGACCAGCACCAGUCUUUCCUCUUCCGCCAUGCCAGUUACUCAUCUACCACCUCGGAUUGUGAGACUGAUGGCUACCUCAGCUCCUCUGGCUUCCUGGAUGCCUCAGACCCUGUCCUUCAGCCCCUUGGGGGGGUACCAUCCAGCCCCGAUGAGUCCCAUCUCCGCCUACCCUCGGCUUUUGCCUUGUCCAUUCCACGUUCUGGCCCUGGCAGUGACUUCUCCCCUGGGGACAGCUAUGCCUCAGAUGCAGCAUCAGGCCUCAGCGACAUGGGAGAAGGGAUAGGACAGAUGAGGAGACCUCCAGGGAAGAAUCUCCGGCGCAGACCCAGAUCCCGGCUAAGAGUCACUAGCGUCUCAGACCAGAAUGACAGAGUGGUCGAGUGCCAGCUACAGACUCACAACAGCAAGAUGGUGACCUUCCGAUUUGAUCUGGAUGGGGACAGCCCAGAAGAGAUUGCAGCUGCCAUGGUGUAUAAUGAGUUCAUUCUGCCCUCGGAGAGAGAUGGGUUUCUGAGCCGGAUUCGGGAGAUUAUCCAGCGAGUGGAGACCCUGUUGAAGAGAGAUACUGGCCCUUCAGAGGCUGCUGAAGAUGCCCUAAGCCCCCAGGAGGAGUCAGCACCACUGCCUGCCCUCCCAGGCCCCUUCCCCAACCCAUCUAUUGCAGAGCCCCAGAGCAGCACCUCCCUGGAACAGAGGAGUUGGGCAACCUUCUCCACUUCUCCAUCUUCUCCUGGAACACCCUUGUCUCCUGGAAACCCAUUUUCCCCUGGAACCCCCAUCCUUCCAAGUCCCAUUUUCCCCAUCAUUUCUCCCCCAUGUCACCCUAACCCUUUCCCGCUUUCCCAGGUCUCCUCAAAUCCCUCUCUAUACUCCCCAAGCUCUCCACUUCCAUUCUCCUCCUGUGCAUCCCAGUUUCCAAUCCCAUCCUCUCCAUUUCCUCUGAAUUCUCUUUCUACCAGUUCUCCACCCCCAUUCUCUCCUAGUUAUUCCCAGAUCACUCUUAAUCCCCCUUCUUUUCCUCUCUGCCCCUCUCCUCCUCCCCUCCCCUCCACCACAGCAUCCCCUCUCCUCUCUCUGGCUAGUGCCUUCUCUCUGGCUGUGAUGACUGUGGCCCAGUCCCUGCUGUCCCCCUCCCCGGGGCUCCUUUCCCAGGCUCCUCCAGCCCCUCCUGAUCCCCUGCCUAGCCUGCCUGCUCCCCUUGUUCCUUGUGACCAGGAGAGCCUUUCACCUCAAGCAGCCGAGAUGGAGGGUGAGGCCUCCCCAAAUCCUGCUUGGCCACUCCUGGGUGAAGCCAGACUGGCACCCAUCUCUGAAGAGGGAAAGCCACAGCUUGUUGGGCGUUUCCAAGUGACUUCAUCUAAGGAACCAACUGAGCCUCUUCCCUUGCAACCAACAUCCCCAACUCUCUCCAGUUCUGUAAAGUUUCCAACUCCUCAGUUGACCUCAGAGAGCUCAGACACAGAGGAUGGUGACAGAAGUGGGCCAGAGACCAUGGAAGCUCUGGCAGAGAGCGACCGGGCAGCAGAGGGCCUGGGGGAUGGAGUUGAGGAGGAAGGGAAUGAUGGGAAGGAACCUCAAGUUGGCAGCCCCCCACCCCUGAGCCAUCCCAGUCCAGUGUGGAUGAACUACUCCUACAGCAGCGUGUGUCUAAGCAGUGAGGAGUCAGAGAGCAGUGGGGAAGACGAGGAAUUCUGGGCUGAGCUGCAGAGUCUUCGGCAGAAGCACUUGUCGGAGGUGGAGGCAUUACAGACACUACAGAAAAAGGAAAUUGAGGACUUGUAUAGCCGACUUGGGAAGCAGCCUCCACCUGGCAUUGUGGCCCCUGCGGCUAUGCUGUCCAGUCGCCAGCGCCGCCUCUCCAAGGGCAGUUUCCCUACCUCCCGCCGCAACAGCCUGCAGCGCUCAGAACCCCCAGGCCCUGUGAAUUCAGAACAGAAGCCAUUUGUCUCCCACACACCAUGGCCCAACAUGGUGCUUGUGCUCUCUGAACCUGAUGCUUCUCUGACCAAUUCAACUCAGCAAGAAAGACCCCAGUACUGAGGGGUAAACAGCCAGGGGGGCAUGAAGAGUGCAGCUGUUUUAUGGUGAAGAGUGAAACAUGGGAACUCUUUGCUUUGUGGAGGUGUCAGUUCUGCAGCCUGCCAUCUUCAUCUCCAACCCCUACCCAGCCAAUGGUCAACCACUAAGCAAUCCCACCCAAGCCCAGAUGCUUCUAGAGGGUUCACUCCUGGAUGGAAGAGUGUAGGGGGUAUGCUCACAUCAGAAUUAGC